CUCGCAGGGCGCUCGCGUGCCGCAGUGUGAAGGAACAGCUGCUCUGAGCAGAAAGUUGGAGGAAAAGUGAGUUUGUUCUCGGUGAUGUGGGCUGCGUGUCAGCUCAGGAGUGAGUGUGUGUGCUGUGCUGCAGUCUGUGAGGGGGACCAUCAUGGCCAUGUGGAUCCAGGCCCAGCAGCUGCAGGGGGAGGCGCUGCACCAGAUGCAGGCGCUGUACGGCCAGCACUUCCCCAUUGAGGUGCGUCACUACCUGGCGCAGUGGAUCGAGAGCCAGCUCUGGGACUCGCUGGAGCUGGACAACCCGGCGGAGGAGGCCAAGGCCAAGCGUCUGCUGGAGAGCCUGGUGUCGGAGCUGCAGAAGAAGGCCCAGCUGCAGGGCGGCGAGGACGGCUUCCUGCUCAAGAUCAAGCUGGGGCACUACGCCACGCAGCUCAAGAGCACCUACGACCGCUGCCCUCUGGAGCUGGUGCGCUGCAUCAAACACAUCCUGCAGUCGGAGCAGAGGCUGGUCCAGGAGGCCACCAACGCCAGCGAUGGCGGCCAGGCCAUGGACAGCCUGUCGCAGCGCCACCAGCAGAUCAACCAGGCCUUCGAGGAGCUGCGGGUCUCCACCCAGGACACGGAGAGCGAGCUGAGGAAGCUGCAGCACAGCCAGGAGUACUUCAUCAUCCAGUACCAGGAGAACCUGCGCAUCCAGGCCCAGCUCAGCAGCUUGUCCUCGCUGCCUCCGGCCGAGCGCUCCCAGAGAGAAACCAGCCUGCAGAGCAAGAGGGCCACGGUGGAGGCCUGGCUGACCCGGGAGGCCACCACGCUGCAGAAGCACCGGCUGGACCUGUCUGAGCAGCACCAGAAGACCCUGUCCGUCCUCAGGAAGCAGCAGACGCUCAUCCUGGACGAGGAGCUCAUCCAGUGGAAGAGGAGGCAGCAGCUCGCGGGGAACGGGGGUCCUCACGAGGGGGGUCUGGACGUGCUGCAGUCCUGGUGUGAGAAGCUGGCCGACCUGAUCUGGCAGAACCGUCAGCAGAUCCGUCGCUGUGAACACCUGACUCAGCAGCUUCCUCUCCCCGGCCCCAUGGAGGAGCUGCUGAGCAAACUCAACGCCGACAUCACCGACAUCAUCUCCGCCCUGGUCACCAGCACCUUCAUCAUCGAGAAGCAGCCCCCCCAGGUGCUGAAGACCCAGAUCAAGUUUGCCGCCACGGUGCGCCUCCUGGUGGGCGGGAAGCUGAACGUGCACAUGAACCCGCCUCAGGUCAAAGCCGUCAUCGUCAGCGAGCAGCAGGCCAAAGCUCUGCUGAAGAACGAGAGCACCCACAGCGAAAGCAGCGGAGAAAUCCUCAACAACAACUGCGUGAUGGAGUACCACCAGGCCACGGGCACGCUCAGCGCUCACUUCAGGAACAUGUCGCUGAAGCGGAUCAAGCGCUCGGACCGCCGAGGGGCGGAGUCUGUGACGGAGGAGAAGUUCACCGUUCUCUUCGAGUCGCAGUUCAGCGUCGGAGGCAACGAGCUGGUCUUCCACGUUAAAACCCUGUCCCUGCCCGUGGUGGUCAUCGUCCAUGGCAGUCAGGACAACAACGCCACGGCCACGGUGCUGUGGGACAACGCCUUCGCCGAGCCGGGCAGAGUGCCGUUCGUGGUGCCCGACAAAGUGCUGUGGCCUCAGCUGUGCGACGCCCUGGACAUGAAGUACAAGGCGGAGAUGCACAGUGGGCGGGGCCUGUCCGAGGACAACCUGGUCUUCCUGGCCCAGAAGGCCUUCAGCAGCGGCAGCAACAACCCAGAGGACUACAGGAGCAUGACCAUAUCCUGGGCCCAGUUCAACCGGGAGAGCCUCCCUGGACGGAACUUCACCUUCUGGCAGUGGUUUGACGGAGUGGUGGAGCUCAUGAAGAAGCACCUGAAGCCCCACUGGAAUGAUGGGGCCAUCCUGGGCUUCGUCAACAAGCAGCAGGCUCAGGACCUGCUCCUGUCCAAACCCAACGGGACCUUCCUGCUGCGCUUCAGCGACUCGGAGAUCGGCGGCAUCACCAUCGCCUGGGUGGCUGAAAACCCCAACAAGGCAGGGGAGAGGCUGGUGUGGAACCUGCUGCCGUACACGACCAAGGACUUCUCCAUCCGCUCGCUGGCGGACCGGAUCAGUGACCUGAACCACCUCCUGUUUCUGUAUCCCGACCGACCCAAAGACGAGGUCUUCGCCAAGUACUACACCCCCCCUCUCUCCAAAGCAGUGGACGGAUACGUGAAGCCACAGAUCAAACAAGUUGUUCCAGAAUUCGCCACUCAGAACCCUGAACCCAGCGGAGCAGCCUCCACCUUCAUGGACCAGACCUCUUCUCCAUCCUUCAGCCACCCCAGCAGCUGUGUUUACCCCUCCAUGACGGACACCAUGCUGGACCCAGACGGGGACUUUGACCUGGAGGACACCAUGGACGUGGCCCGGCACGUGGAGGAGCUGCUCCGCAGGCCCAUGGCCAACCAGUGGAGCAGCCAGCAGUCCUGAAGUCCACUGGUCCACCGCGCCGGGCCGGGCAGGGGGUCUGUCCUGCCACUGCUCCACCGUGCCAGACUGUCUUCAUCAGGCAGACAGCCUCACUGCUUCAGUCUCCUGCUCUGUCAGUUCAGAGGAAGACGAUAGGACGUCCUCUGUCUGUCUCUCCCUCUCACUCUCUCUCUCUCUCGCUCUCUCUCUCUCUCUCUCUGACGUACAGAAGGACUGUCUGUUACAGGUUUGAACAUUUCCACAUGAGACUAAAGUGCCUGCAAAUGAAAUCUCUUUAACACAGUAUCAGUCAUUUUUAUCGUUUUUUAUAAAAUCUAGAGGAAAUCUGGAAAGUGCAGCUUUCAGUGUGAUUUUCGUGACGUGUGUUGAGCCCCGUUUUACUAACAGGAGGUUGUUUUAGUCUCCAGUCUGUACAUGAAGGGAUCCAGAUGAGGAGCGAGGUGGUCUCCAGGCCUCUUCAUGCUGCAGAUCAGACUCGCUUUUUGCAGUUCCCAGUUUGUUUGCUUUUUUUUUUUUUUUUUUUUUUAUGAAAGUCCGAAAAGCCCCCCACCCCUCAAAAGACCUCCAGCAAUUUGAAAUGAGGAUGCUCAGUUCAGACGUUCAGGCGGAGUGUGAAGUUCUUCAGACUCUUUCUGACUGACUGACAACAGCUGAAGACAUUUCUGGACCCUCCAGUGAUGGACACAUGGACAGACGGGAUGGCUCAAGAGAACUGCAACAACACGCUUUUUGAAGAAACAGUCUUAUUUUUGUAUCGUUACAUUAUCGGCUUUUUAAUACUCCUUUAAUAACUGAAAAUAACCAUUAUAUAGAAUAACAACUUCAAAUAUCCUGCCGUACAUUAAGGAUAUGUUGUUACAUUAUUGAUUUAAUUACAUCUUAAAUGAAGUGGUUGCCAUGGAAACCAGCGGUGAGCGUUUCUGUACUGUUUACGUGUGACGUGAAUGAAUGGAAUUCCUGUAAUAAUAAAGAGCUGGUCAAA